CCCCAUCCGCCGCCAGCAAUCCCUUUCUCUUUCCCGGGCGACCGCCGACAGACUCCAUCGCUCCACCUCGUGCACCGACGCCACCACCCGACACCGUGGUCGUCUCCCGCGGGGAGUGGGGCGAGGAGUCUCGGCAGUAGGAGUAUUUCGCUCGUUUCGUCCGUCGCUCACACCCGCAGUCCUCCACGAUCCUCUAGCGCCUGGAUCCGCCCCGCCCCGAUCCAUUCACUCCGGGCAAGAUUUGCUCCCCAAUCCCUAUCGCAUCUGUGCAUCCUCCUCCGCUACCAUCCCGUCAAGAUGAAGCUUUCCUUCCUGAGACACAGAUUCGAGGUCUCUACCUCCCGUCAUGGUGGAGUUCCUCAGCGCCUUACAAGGGCAGAUGGGCGUCAAGGCUUCUUGCCUCGACCAUUCUCUGGUCUGCUGCGCCCACUAUGCACGUCGCCGGCGAGGAGAGCCCAUCAACAUUGCACCAGCGUGUACCCACCGGCACCUUCGGGACUUGAUAGAAUUUGUGGAUCUGCAUUGGCGUGCGCACCACGCAGCCGCCGAUGGGAGGAGUGCUAUCGCCGACGUCCCGGUGUCACUCGCGCUGGGAGCCGUCUCCAUCCGUUCGUUCGGGUUCGUGCACCUUUGCCUUUGGCCAAAGCCGCAGGAGCCAGGCCGCGAGAAGCCGUCCAAGAUCGCGUUCCCGCAACCGCCGUUCUUGGAGGGGAGGCCGCGGUCGCCGCUGGUGUAGGGAUCGUCUCAUCAUGCCCUGAAGCCGCUGCGGCGGGGUUGAGCACACCUUUGAUGCUUCAUGCCAAAGCCAACCCUCUGGGCUGGUGUUCUUUAGAUGGGGCGGCUGAAUCAAAGAUGCAUAGCUGGAUGGUGGCCAAGGCCGUGGGUGAUUAGCUCUGUUUGGUGCUCCUACUGUCCCGUUGUGUUGUUGGCAUGCUUUAUUGGGAUAUCUUGCUGUUUGUUUUGUCUUCGGGUCCAAGAUGCCAGUUUAGUAAAUCUUUUGGUUUCCUGCUGCGCACAUUUUUCAAAUCUUUCACUAAUCAAUAUAGACAAUGUAUACGUUUCAAGUAUUUGCAUGUGUAAAUGAUCAGCACCCAGUUACAAAUAUAAAAUCAUGCUCCUGCUGUAGAACUCUUUGUUAGCAAGUUAGAUUGUCUCUUAUAUGAAGUAUAAAUACUAUGAUUUUGUCCACGUUUCAGGGAAAUACAAU